UCACAUCAGAUUUUCCGUUUAACUGUGGGAAAUUACCCCAAUGCAUAGCAUCGCUACUAGUGAGUAACCUUUCCUGCUCAUACUUCUCCAACAGCCCACAGCUUUCUGAGGACGGUCGACCCGACCCCAUGUUGAUGUUGCAGGGGCGGUAACGUUAGCCUUUUCUACACUCUUGUCGUCACGGCAGCUUUUUCAUACAGUCUGUGUGUCUACCCACCGGCUGCUGAACCACCGACUCUUUUGAAGCUCACUCUAUAAACCAACCUAUUCGGGGUAUAUAACGCGGUUAUUAACAAGAUGGCUACGGAAAACUUGGAAAUGAACGGUGAUGGUGACCGAAACGGCAACGCGGAGGUCCCGCUGCGAGGCCGCUGGAGGCAGCAACAGGGGCCUCUGAACAUGAACCAUUAUGCCAAUAAGAAGAGUGCAGCAGAGAGCAUGCUGGACGUGGCUCUUCUGAUGGCUAAUGCCUCACAGAUGAAGGCUGUGCUGGAGCAAGGACCAGACUUCACCUUCUAUGUUCCCCUCAUUACUCUCAUUAGUAUCUCCCUCAUCCUGCAAAUCAUCGUGGGAGCUCUGCUCAUCUUCAUUGUUAAGUGGAACCUGAAUGAUGAAAGCAUGCACUACAAGCUGAACAUCAUGGAGAAUUUCGCCACAGCCUUCGUCUUCAUCAUAGUCGUGGUCAACGUAUUCAUCACAGCCUUUGGAGUCCAGCGGCCCAACCCAAGUGGUUGAUCACCCUUGACGUGACUCUCCGUGCCUGCUGAUCAACUUAGUAAAGAUGGACUUCCACAUUGUUUAUGCUAAUGAACAGGAUAUUUAUUCACCAAACUAAAUGGCUAGUAUAUAACAUACUGAGGAUCAGGUAGUGUGUGUGUGUGUGUGUGUGUGUUUGUGUGAGUGAGUGAGUGAGAGAGGAGUUACCUUCUCUAACUAUGGCUAUGGACAAAUUUGUGGUCAGUUUUCAUUGUAUGUGUUUCUCUUAUCAUGCUCAGGUUACUGAUGCAAAUAAGUGAUUGCCUUUACUUGCUAACAAAUAUCAGGAGCAAUAUACUGUACGUCAGUCACAACCAUUGUGAAUGUUUCCUGGGGGGAAAAAAAGACAUUCUGUUGUUAUUUUGAAAUGUAUCAGUAUCUGUCAGUCUAAACCUAAUGUAUGUCUACAGCUUAAAAAAAAAAA